AUGUAACUCAAUAAAUAUCAAAACCAGUCCACCGUCUUAGUAGAUAACGUCUAUGUGGCAAAGACCACACAUUGUGUUUAGAGUUUGGUAUAUUUAUGUCAAUCAUGUAGUAGUUGAAGUGAUCUCUAAGAGCAUAGUUCUACCAAAAAAAAAAAAGAAAGACAUGGGAGAUGUAGUAGUAGUUGAAGUGAUCUCUAAGAGCAUAGUUCGACCAGAUGAGAGCUACAAGAACGAGGAAUCGGAUCGAGUUAAGAAGAUCCAUCUGACUCCAUGGGAUCUCUUCUUUCUUCGAGCCGAAUACGCACAGAGAGGUCUUCUCUUUCCUCAACCCGACCCGGAUACCCAUUUCAUCUCUCGGUUAAAAUCCUCUCUCUCGGUCGCUUUGAACAUCUUCUACCCAUUCGCCGGUCGUCUCGUCAAGAUCGAGAACCAACACGACGGAACGGCGUCGUUUCACGUAGACUGCGAUGGUUCAGGUGUCAAAUUCGUCCACGCUUCAGCUAAAACCGUUUCGGUGAGUGAUGUUUUAGAGCCUGCCGAUGGUCACGUCCCUGAGUUCUUGAAACGUUUUUACCCGGCGAACGGAGUUAGAAGCUGUGACUGUGAAGAGAUCUCUGAUUCGUUAAUCGCUUUUCAAGUGACGGAGCUGAAAGAUGGAGUCUUUAUCGGAUAUGGUUAUAACCAUAUCGUUGCUGAUGGGAUUUCGUUUUGGAGUUUCUUCAACACUUGGUCGGAGAUUUGCUUUGAUUCCGAUCAUCAUCGGAGAAAGUUUCCUCCUUUGGUUCUCCGUGGAUGGUUUCUCGACGGGAUUGAGUAUCCGAUUCGAAUUCCGAUCUCAGAGACGGAGACACCACCGAACCGGGGGGUUGUUAAUGUUGUUGGUACUUCAUCGUCAUUACAAGAGAAGAUUUUUCGAUUCACGAGUAGAAACGUCUCUGAGCUCAAAGCGAAAGCCAACGGCGAGGUUAGUGCCGAUGAUCGGAGAAUCUCGUCGCUUCAAGCGGUGUCGGCGUAUAUGUGGCGAGCGAUAAUCAGAAACAGUUGUGAAUUGAGUCGAGAAGAAGUGAUUUGUUUCAAGUUACUGGUGGAUAUGAGGCCAAGACUAAACCCUCCGCUCGACAAAGAGUGUUUCGGGAAUACAGUCGGGCUCGCUACGGCGACGACCACCGUAGGGGAGAUGGUUAACAAUGGGCUUGGUUGGGCUGCUCUGCUUAUAAACAAAACCCUUGGUUCACAAACGAAUGAAGAGUUUAGAAAGUUUGCUCAGAACUGGGUGAAGGAACCGAGUUUGUUGAAGGCAUCAUCGAGCAAUUAUAUAGUAGUAGCUAGCUCUCCUCGGUUUAAUGUGUAUGGAAACGAUUUCGGUUGGGGUAAACCGAUUGCGGUUCGAGCUGGACCGGGUAAUACUCAUGAUGGCAAACUCAUUGCUUAUCCGGGAGUUGAACAAGGAGACAUGGAGAUUCACACGUGUUUAUCGUCUGCUGUUUUGGAAAAAUUAUCGACUGAUGCAGACUUCUUGAAACAUGUAUGUGUUCAAAAGUUGAACAUGUGAUACCGAAUCUUUGUGUUAUAUUAUCACUAGUAAUUAGUCCAUGCAAUGCAUAAUAGUUUUAAUUAUAUUUCUUAAA